ACUUUGCUCUCAGUGCAAAUAAAAAGGUGAAAAACUCACAUGCUAUCUUUGUUACUGUUAAGUCAUCAUAGUAGAGAAAAAAAUGGAGAAGCAGAUAUUGGAAGCUCCAUUCUUGGACCCUUCUCCUUCUGUUUUCAAUAGAAAAAAAUGGAGUUUUUCUCUUUGCUUUUUAUUUGCAUUCACUGCCAUAACAUUUAUAGGUCUUACACACCAUGGAGGCAUUGGUGUAUGGCUAAUUGGAGAUGUAAAUAGUAGAUAUAAUGGAAGACUACAACAUAAUGCUGAUAUUGUUGAAUCAGAACAAGCAGUUGUUGCUGCUGAUGAUGGUCGAUGCUCAGAAAUCGGUAUAUCCAUGCUUAAAAUUGGUGGACAUGCAGUUGAUGCUGCAGUUGCCACAGCCCUUUGUCUUGGAGUAGUUAGUCCAGUGGCUAGUGGAAUUGGAGGUGGAGCUUUUAUGGUUGUUAGAUCUUCAUCUACAUCAGAAGUUCAAGCAAUUGAUAUGAGGGAAACUGCUCCUUUAGCUGCUUCACAGAACAUGUAUGAUAAUAAUGGGAACUCCAAGUUAGAGGGAGCAUUGUCUAUGGGAGUUCCUGGUGAGCUAGCCGGUCUUCACGCAGCUUGGGCGAAAAAUGGGAGGUUACCAUGGAAGACCCUAUUUCAACCAGCCAUUAAACUCGCAAGAGACGGUUUCGUGGUUAGACCUUAUCUCGCAAACAAAAUGGUUGAAAAAGCAAAAUUGAUACUUAAAGAUCCCGGCUUGCGGAAAGUAUUUGCACCUGAGGGAAAGCUGUUACGGGCAGGUGAAAUUUGCCAUAACGUAGAACUUAGCCACAGCUUAGAGCUAAUUGCUGAACAAGGUCCGGAAGCUUUUUAUAAUGGAGAGGUUGGUGAAAAGCUUGUCGAAGAUGUGAAGAGAGCAGGUGGAAUUUUGACAAUGGACGAUUUGAGGAAUUACAGAGUGGAAAUUCCAGAGGCAGUUUCUUUUAAUGCUAUGGGCUACACCAUCGUCGGAAUGCCACCUCCAUCCAGUGGAACACUCGGGAUUUCUCUCAUUCUUAAAAUCCUCGAAAGCUAUUCGAGCUUAAAUGCUGCUGCAGAAGGCUCUUUAGGAUUGCAUCGACUGAUUGAGGCGAUGAAACAUAUGCUUGGAGUUCGAAUGAACCUGGGCGAUCCUGACUUUGUAAACAUCAGUAGUACUGUAUCUGACAUGCUUUCCCCGUCUUUCGCCAAAGAAAUUCAACGAAAGAUUUUUGACAAUACCACCUUUCCUCCUGAAUACUAUAUGCCCAGGUGGAGUCAGCUACUAGAUCAUGGAACGAGUCACUUUUGCAUUGUGGAUGCAGAUCGAAAUGCUGUAUCGAUGACUACAACAGUAAAUUAUCCAUUCGGAGGCGGCGUGCUCUCUCCAUCAACCGGUAUUGUACUCAACAAUGAAAUGGGAGAUUUCUCAACACCUAAUGAAAUAUCCCCUGAUGAACUCCCUCCGUCUCCUGCUAAUUUUAUUCAACCAAAAAAGCGACCAUUGUCAUCGAUGACUCCGAUUAUCGUUCUCAAGGAUAAUCAGUUGGCUGGUGUAAUUGGUGGUAGUGGAGGCCUAAAAAUAAUCCUCGCAGUCGUUCAAGUUUUCAUCAACCAUUUCGUCCUGGGGAUGGAUCCUUUAGCGGCAGUGCAGAGUCCGAGAGUCUACCACGAGCUAAUUCCGAAUGUAGUUCUGUAUGAGAACUGGACUUGCAUCGAUGGCGAUCACAUUCAACUCUCGGAUGAGAAAAAACAUUUCUUGGCUGAGAGGGGUCACCAACUCAAGGCGAAAAACGGAGGAGCCAUGUGCCAGCUAAUUGUUCAAAACCUUCCGAAUCCGCCCUUACAGUUAGGCAGAAGGAGUGGAAAAGAAUAUAAAGACGGGGUUUUUCGAGGGAUGCUUGUGGCUGUGAGUGAUCCUAGGAAAGACGGAAGACCUGCAGCCCUAUGAUGGACUCAUCCUGCUUGAUUUAUGGGUAUGAAUAAGUCUAUUAUUUGUACAUAUUGUUCGAAAACUGGCUAAAAGCCACAGUUUCUGGUGAAAUAUAGAAAGAAAGGGAAAUUCGCGAUUCGGGCAAA